GAGUUCCUUGAGCUCUUCACUGCAUACACGUCUUCCAGGACGGGUAUUGGCGCUGCGUUGACUCAAUCUGAGACGGAAACUACAAACUCGUUACCUUUGCUAGUCGCAACCAGUUUUGAUAUGAUUCUCUUUCCCGGAAACGGAAUUGACCCAUCAUACAUCAAUUUCCGCCUUGGGAGUAGGGGUUUCAAGGAGUUAGCUGCAGUUUCGCAUCUCGGGCCAGCACUUGCGUCUCUGAUACAGAUUCGCGACAAUGGAGCGCCUGAUGAGGUAUGGCAAAAACAGGCUCAAAAUCUACUUGAGAAAACACGUGCGUCACAGAAGGUCAAUUCAACAACUCUUUGGAAGGACCACAUCCAAGUAGAAGCAUUCCAAGGGCGUGAAGCCGCCAUUGCUUCCAUGGUGGAUUACGCCUGUACUCUGACCAUAGCAUUCCUAGAAUCGGUUCUCGCAGACUCAUCAAAGCUGAACGCCGAGUUCUACCGUGAGAAUUAUAUCGAAGCAACUGGAGAUGCGCUCAGUGCGACAGUUCCAUACAACGCUGUUAUGAUUGCCACGUUCUUCUUAGUCGGGCUGGACCUCUCUUACCGUUCUCGAAAGUGGCUCAGGUCUAACAAUUUUGAUUGGAAGAAAGCCAUGGUCAUUAUUACUGGCCAACAGGGACGCGAGACUUCUGGUGUAACUAUUAGCACCUCAUCCGUUGCUCAAAUUCUUCUUGAGUCAUCGGAUUUGGAUCUUCCCUUGGAACGGCUUUACAUAGCACCACAUGGGGCAGUGCCUAAGAUCCAAGCUCCCGUGACACCAGACUCGCUGCGUGUUCAUGAGCAUGGAUUCCGCUUACUAUGGAAUGCUAUGACUGGCAUGACGCAUCUUGGUGAAACCAUGUUUGCACAGUACCCAGCUUACGCCCUCGAAAACAACAUGCGGCCAGAGAUUAACGCUUCAACAUUGACAGUAUCAGAACUCCCCAAGAUUUUAAGCCCAGAUGACUGGUUCGCGAUGAACACACGCAUGCGUGUCGUAGUCGAGGAUGCGCGACAGCUUCUAUCUGGAUGCGUUACCGACUAUGCUGCUAAACAACUGCGAAUUGCCCGAGAUGACCUCACCAAGGUUGUGGUUCCAGGUUUGGAUGGGGUUGACUAU